CAGAUUGUUUUGUGAAUAUGAUUAGGCUGAAUUCGCAUCUUGCUUCCUCGUUGGAGUGGUUGAUGAAACGUGACUGAGCGACUUGCAUGUAUUGGUGCUCUUGGCUGCAGAGCCUGAUUCUGGACACCUCUUUUCCAAAGAUCAUGUUCCGUCAGGAACACAGCCCAAGAUGUGGGAUUCCUCAGACUAUUGCACUUCCACCUGCGAAGACUACCCGGAGGACAUUCCCUCUUACGGCGACAUUGGAGCGAUCGGGGUAAGCACAAAUUUACCUCACACCGUGGGAAUCACGGUCAGACAUAUUCAUGAGACUUACAGCGUGGAUGGUAGUACUAGUUCUCAUCGGGUAUUAUCUCAAAGCCUUCGAUCCUAAACUGGACCCAUUUCGAAAAAAGGGCACGCAAAAACUAUCCAAGUAUCCGAACUCAGUCGACUACUUCGUUAACAACCUUCUUCAAAAAGUACCUGGUCUAUGAAACGACUCCUCAAAUCCAGUACCAUGCAGGUCCUUGAGGCUUGGAGGGAUAUUCAACAACGUAAGACUCGAUUCUCACCAGCCCUUUCGUACAUACAUAGGCUCAGGUCAUAUAUAUCGCAGUGCGUCCUGAUGUUUGCCGAUAUCCAAAGCUUCACAGCGCUCGCAAUCUUGAUUAGCGCAUAUGUAGCUAUGGGCUGCGAUAUAGUUGCCUAUCACUAGCAAUACAUGAUUUAUCUUGCAUGGAUGGCUUCCGUCACCCACCUCGCAAGCCUCUCAUUCCUCCGCAACCACCUUAUCAAUAACUUCGUGAAAUGCAUCUGGCGCCUAACAGCUAUGGCUGUUAUUCAAAUCCUGUUGUCGGUGGCAGUUGGACUGGCAACGACGUUUGGCGACAAUCCUUGGUACAGGGAAGCUGAUCAGCUAAUAGGAAUAGAAGUUCCCCCAGCAGAGGGUGGUCGCCCUGCCAUCUGCUACUUCAAACAAGGUGUCGAUGUGAACUCGAUCACCUUUUCAUCGGGCGUUAAAAUGAUUCUUCUUCUUCUUUGGGGUUUUUCGAUACGCAUUGCCAAGAUAUUUGAGAGGUUUGAGGGGGGUCUGCGCAAGUUUGCAUAUCGUAUGCAUCACAAGUCAAGGAUUUUGCGAUACGGUGUUGAUGACGGUUCUACCACCCAAAUAUGGGAUCCUAGAGCCCGAAGAAAAGGGCAAGGUUUCUUUGGUCAUCUACUAGAACCUUCCAAGAUCGCUAUCCUCGUCGUACUCAGCAUUCAGCUCGAUUUCCUUACUUCCUUUCUCGCCGAGGUACACUGGCUACUCUUCACCAUAAUCUACAUUACAACAAGACUGGUCAAGUUUCGAAUACCCUCUCCCGCGGAUGAUAAUAAGUGGACAUUUGGCCAGGUUCUUCCGCUGAUCCUUCUUGUUGCGCCGAUUGCAAUAGCGAUCGAGUCUUUCUACACGGCACCUAAGACUCACACACCACAAAUGACUCAUACCAAUACUCAGCAGAUGAAUGGUCCCGGUAGUGGCCUUGACCCCGUCGCUGGCCUUGGCCAUGUCGACAGCCUAGCCUACCGAGGUGUUUUCUUUUUGGCAGCGCUAUCAUACAUCGAGGUCGGAAUCUACUUUGUCCUCGAUCAGCCAGACACAGAAGGACUUGCUUUGCCAUUGUUGCAGAUUGCAUUAUCAAUAUUACUGUUACAGCCCUUUUACCAGAUUUAUUGGGUCGUCUGCGACGUUUUUCUGUCCAAGGCGAUUUGGAGCAGGCCAUUGAAACUGACAACUUACGAUACCUUAUUCCUCGGAUCUUCAGCGAUGCAAGUCUCUCUGAACUUUUGCGCGUUAAAUUUUGGAAUUGCAAACUCAGGGGCCUUGCAGGCUGGCACAGCAAGCCAAAAGAGCGUGGCUCUGUUACUGUUUUUUUCUUGCAGCUUAAUACCAUUUUGUUUUACUUACCUUCUUUUAGUAAAUCUCAUUUAUCACAUGCCGAGACUGAGAGCUACCAGAUGGCGAUUUGUCAUAUUGUUAUUUUUCCCAUGUUACAUCUUUCUGUCUCUCUUUUCAAUGUCGUGUUUUUUUCGCUUCUUGAAUUGGAGGGUUGGUGUUUCCUACUUUGACCUGUACAUGUUAGUUACUGUGGCUCUGAAGCUUUUGCAGCUCUUAACCUAUGGCCUGGAAGUUUGGGCGGAUAGAAAGCAUUGGGCCAAAUGGGUGACUUUUUGUUUGAGAUGUGACCUACUGCUCGCGUUUUUCUCCCUUUGUUCAUUUCUCAAUCAAACGUUGGACUAUGCUUUCAUCUUUCUACUAGCAGGCGGUUUUGCGUUGUCUUAUCAGAUAUGGGCUUUUAUAGGUGUGAGCUUUCAUAUGUACAAAUAGUCACUCGGGCAAGGUAUCCUUUUGGCACUAUUCCAAUAUAGAUGGCCCGUAUGGAUGGAAUCAAUGCUUUCAUCUCCAGUUCCCCAAGGCUACAGAUAUAUCUUUCAGAACGGCAGAAGUUAAGUAUAAAACGAGCCAUGAUGAUCCCAAGUUUCUUGACCAUAAUCUAUUCUUGCACUGAGUUGUAUCAGCCAGCG